ACGACAUGGCCUCCGCAGCUCCGCUAAAGCUCGUUAUUCUUCGCAUCUCCAUUGUUCUCAGAUGCUGGACAGAGCAUUCUAGAAGCCGGUGGAAUCACACGGCUGGCGUCGAUCGGCGGGGAGUUUUAGGGUGACGGACGCCGUCAACAGGACUGUGGUGAUCUGAUUGAGGAUAUAUACGGAAGCGGUGGUGCAUUCGUUGUGUUCUUCGCCGGAGAUAAAUUUUGCGGCGGAGGGAAUUUGUGUGUGGAGCGUGACCAUAGCGGUGGAGUUUAUAUCGUGAGAUAUUGUGAGACGUGGGCCAGCGGAGGAGUUUCGAUUGACAUCCGAGGAGUUUUUGGAUUUUAAUUUAUUGAAACGUUGAAACAGGUAUUUGAUAGCCUAAGUUUUUGAUAAUCUGCGUGAUUUGUGUGUUGGUUGUGUUUGUCGCAUCGUCUCCGGCUCUCCGCCGUCGUUCGAUCUAGGCAAUCUGCUUUUUGGGGAUCAGGAUAUGUGGUUUUGGACGAUUUCUAGGGUUUCCCCACUGGGGAUGUCGAGAUCAAAAUCUGAGUAUUUUUUAGGUCAAGGUUACGACGGGUGAAGCAAAUAACGAGCUGGUUCGAGCUGAUGAUCUGUAUUUGGGGAUCUUUGGUGAAAUACUGAUUUCGAAGAUUUGAUUUGGUUUUUCAUGGCUUCUGCUGCGUCUCUACCGUAUAAAAAUGGUUGUUUAUUGUUAAAAAACAUGUUACAAGGCAUGGAAAUCUUCUUCCGAUAGAGAUCUCGUUGCAGAGGAUUGUUUUUCUUUUGCCUGUUCAGAAGUGAGCCUUUUUUUUCAAUCGUUGUCUCCGAUUUACCCGCCGAAGCCUGCGUAUUUAUAAAGUCAUCGAUUUCGUUUUCUUUACGAGAGUUGUUGUCGAUCUAUCUACUGAAAAUUUGCUGCCGGAUUUUCUCCUCCCUUUAUUAUGUGUGCAAGUUCUUUGGUAGAUCAAAGGCUUCGGGAUACUGCUAGAUCCUUCCAUUAAAAUAUACUUUGCAGAUGGGUUUAGCUUCUGGACGUUGUUUAUAUAAAGCAGAAGCCGACAAUAAUCAAAUCUUUUUUUAUCCCCACAUCUUGACAGCUGAAGGGUAUGAUCUGUUUGUAUGAGAGCCCAUCUGGAAACUUCAAUUGUCAUUCCUUAAACUAUGCCUGAACGGCUCUGUUUUGAUCUCAAACUUCCUGCCCGUUUGGAUUCUUCCACUUAAAUUAUUGUUCUUAAACUAUAUACCCAGAAACAUGGGUUGUCUUUGAACGGAAAAUGCUGAAAAUCAGCCCUUAGUUCUGAUCAGUUUUGCUUUAGAACGUAUAACAGAUAAAGUUUUUGGAAUCUGGAGGUUUUGGUUGUUAGUUCAUAGCCUUCCGCUCUGAAUCUUCGAAUUACUUCAUAUUUUUCGCAGUAGUGGUUGCUUGGAGAAUUUUGUAUUGUGCCAUGGUCCCGUGGUCUAUCUGUGGAUGUGCAGAUAUUUCUGUUAUUCUACUGAUCUAAUUUGCUUUUAGAUUCAUGUGAAAUGUGGGGUUAUUGCUGGAAGAAUAUACAUUUAUGUGCAUUCUAUUCAUAUAUAUGAAGCUUCUGUUCUUCUGAAUCAUUUUAUACUGAAAUUGACAGUUUGAGUGUUCAAAUUAUUUUCACUCGACACUUUUGUAUUCGACAAGCCUGCUUAUAUCGUUGUCUAGAGGAAAUUUGUGAAGUUGUCUGCUUGUGGAGGAGUCAAAAGAAGAAUUUUUGUCAGUAGAAGGUUUGGAGUUGAUGGGAUAGAACCGUAUCUGCAAAAUGCAAGGAAGCGUGAGUCUUGAAGUUAUGAACUCCACAAAUCCCGAACUUAAUUGGAAGACUGUGACAAAAGGAAGGCGAUCCAGGAAGUCAACAGCUAGAAGUUAUUAUGGUAUUUCUAAAACAGGGAAUUCCAUUAGCCCCAAAAGAGUAGGAGAUUUCUCCGGAUCUGAUUCAGACAAGUUUACUGAAGUUGUUUGUGGCAAAUCAAGUCCCGGUAACUCAGAGAAUGUGCCGAUCAAGAAAAGACGGCAUUUACUUCAGACUCCAUUGUCUCAUCAAGAAUCUGCAACUCCACGAACUCAUCUCUAUUCAGAAGGCCAUGAGGAACUUAUGUAUUCUGGCUAUUCUUCCAGUCCGAGGAUAUCUAGCAAAAAAGGAGGAGGAAUUGAUUCUGCAAAAGUUGGAUUUGGCGAAGGGUUUGACCAUAUACUUCUCCGUGAGUGUAAAUAUAAUGAUGCAGGGUGCGACUUCUUUGGUAUUGAACUUCUGGCUGCUGCGGCAAGCAUGGAUGUUGAUAACGAUGAUAAUGAUAAUGACAAGAAAGGCGUUCUUGUUGCUGAAGAUGAUUCUACCAUACCCGAUAACUCAAAUGCAUCCAGUUCUGCAGCACAAUCAGAAACAUCUUUGAAUGUUAAUAAGUCGGAGAAUUUCCCAAGUCCAGCUGUUGCGAAUGAGGGUAGUGAUUGCUCUUUAGUUACAAAAUACUCAGCUUCAGUCGCUGAAGGCUCGAGUAGAAGUGCAGUCGGUGAGUGUGCACCAAAAGUAAACAGACAGCAUUGGGAUCUAAAUGCAGUGAUGGACGCUUGGGUUGAGCCGUAUGAUGAUAAUGGCAGCCAUAUUGGAGACGAGCAGAUUGUUUCUAUUGAUCCCGUAUUCUCUGAUCCUACUGGCACGGGAGAUGAAUUAAUUGGUACAACUUGUUCUGAAAAGAAUACGAUGAUACCUAAUCGAGCUAUUGAAAACGAUCUUGAAGAAGGCGCUGAUGAGAAGAAUCAAGAUCAAAAUUUAAGCUCUGAUAUCCACAAAGAUAAUUUGAAUCAACUCUUUAGAAUGGAUAAUGCUACUUUGUCCUAUGUUAUGGUCUCUGAGGAAAUAAACAGCACCCGAUCGGAAACUGCAGCUGUAAUACAGAAAGAUUGCUCCAGUAUUAUGAACAAAGUUGAGAGCACUGCAAUCUCUAAUGGGAUUCAGACAGUUACUCAAGAUAUCAAUGUACAUUAUUCGGCAGCCGCUGAAAUUUCCGAACCUGCACUUGACACUUGUAUUCAACUUGCACAGACGAUCGACUGCAAGAUUGAAAAUGACGAAACUGUCAUUCCUGGUUGCUUAAAAUCGGAUCGAUCCAUUGCCACCAAUGUAGAUAACAACUUCCCUAAUGAGGGGUGGAAGGGGAUUGCCAUAGAAGACUCGUGCAAAAGCUCUAGCGUUGGACUACAAUCUGAUGGUCCAUCUUCUAUCGAAAAACUUGGAUCGAAAGAGAUUACUGUAGAAGACUCAUGCAAAAGCUCUAGUGCUGGUCUGCAGUGCGACGUUCCGUCUUCUUCGGUCGGGAUAAUUGUAAGCACUUUUGAUAACCAACACGAUUCAGACGUUUCUCAAGACGAUGGAGAUGAAUUGACUAGGUUCGAGGAAGGUUAUGAUUCUCCAUACGAGGAUGGAGAGUUAAGGGCUUCGUUUUCAUAUUCUUGGAAGGACAACGAGUUGGAAAAUGAGUGUGUCGACUACGAAUCUGAUGGAAGGAAUAGAGAUGAACCUAAUGCUGUUGAUUACCCUGUGUCGGAGAUUGUGGAGGAUGGUUCGGAGGGUUCUCAUAGGACUCAAAGGGGAAAUUCAUCGGUGAAAAGAUUACCCAAUGAUUCCGACCAUAAUGAUAGAGGCGGGAAGGGAUCGAAUGCUGGAUCCGGUACCGCCGUUGAGCUGUCGAUGGAAAUAAAUGUCGGGGAAAAUGACGAGAUAGCGAGAAGAAGACAGGUGCGUGAUGGAAGGGAGACAGUCGACGUUAAAAUGUCGCAAAUGGAUGAAUAUGCAUCGAAGAUGCCAAGAGGCAAACUUCAAUCUCGUAUCGAAGCACGAUCUUCUUUGGAUCCGAACAACGGGAAGGACGGCUUCUUUGAUCCACAAUGCAGAUCACGUCGACCUGGUUUUCGACCUGCUGUUAAUCACGGUGACAGAGAAGGCGAUCGUCACAUGGCAUCCUGGGGAUCGAGAAUGCGGUAUCCCUCGAAUUAUCCGGGAUCCGAUUGGCGUAAUUACACCCGGCCGAGAAGCAGGUUAGAUGUCCAAGAUCCGAGACAAAUGGGUAACUAUAUGUUGAAAGGCCCGCAUAGACCUCUGAUGAGAUCGUCUUCCGAGAGGGAAGAUUAUCUCUCCGUGCAGAAAAGAAUCCCGAUAUCACGGGGGGUCGGAAGCUACGGAAGUAGGGGACAUUAUUCGCGACGCUCGAACCAUCAUUCUUUCCGGGAAGAUUUCGAUCCUCUUGCCGACGAAUCCGGUGUAUUUCCGCGUUAUAUUUCGUCGAGACGGGACCAAAGCUUCUCCCCGAGUUCGAGUAGAAAUGCACACAUGCCUUUACCCCGACGAAAAUCCCGAUCGAGAUCUCGACCUCGAUCUCCCGGGCUGUGGUGCCCCCAGAGCGACCGAAUCUUGCCAAUCCGACGGCAGAUAAUGAGGGCUGUGCCGUUCUCGAUACCGGAAUUUGCUCCCGAUUACGGAGACGGCUACAUUUCCCCGCCGCGAAACCACCCCCGAUGGGCUGAAGAUCAUCAUACUUUUACGGAGAAUCAUUUACGGCGGAGGCGAUUAGAUACCGGGCGGUUGAAAUCCAAUGACUACUACAGACCCAUGAGUCGCCCCGCCGGAAGAUUCCCGUUUAAGCCCGGCAAUACCGGUCGGGAUUACAACUAUGACGACAGGAGAUGCGGUGGCGGUGAAACGACGCACCGCCACCGCCGCCUGCACUCUGACAAUCCUCCGAGUAUCCGUCGAUUUCGCCACAACCAAGUAGCGAGCGGCAAUUUUGAGCCAGGCGGAAACCCGAACACCGGCUAUCGUUCCUGACCGUUCAAACUCUGAGUGACGAAAGCGGCGCGCUUUCCGUCCCGUCGUCGUCGUAUUUUUUCCGGUAGCCUUAGAUUCGGACGAGCGUCAAUGCCUCUUGUUAUAUAGGUAGCAAGCCUUUCCACCCUUCUUUCCUUUUGCCCCUUCAAAAUUAGGAGUUUUAUUAUCCUGCCCCUUAUUGUUAUUAGUUUUAUAAUUAUAAGUAUUAUUGUUCUAUUAUAUAUAUAUGUAUUGGUUUAGUAUUUUUCGAAAGGAAGGGUAGCUGGCCGGGCCGGUUGGGUUGGGUUGGUUGGCUCUGCUUUGUUUUGUUUUAACAUGAUAUCCUCUUAUAUCCUUGAUUCCUCUUUAUUACCUUUUUUUUGGAAUUUGGGAUUGGGAUUUUUAUUGUAUAGUUGUCUUGUGUUUUUUGAAGUAAAAAUCCUAGCUGCCCUUUUGAA